CAGUCCUCCAGCCGCACAGUAAGGCAACAACCGGGGAGGGAAGCACACUUAAGACUUUUUGUUCCAGUGAAUAGAGAGUCGAAAGGCGAGAACUUGAGAAUCGUUGUAAGACCAAGUAACCAUUUUGGUGCAGAUCUGUUGGGACAUGGCUGGUCCAGUCAGAUUUGUGUUGUGUCUAGCAGCAACAAUGGCAUACUUGAAGCCAGUGAGAGGCCAGGCCCCACUCUCCUUCCCAAACUACACACACCAGGAAGAUGUCAAGACUCUGGCUCUCAGUCAAAAUAAUUUUACCAGGGACUUGUAUGUGCUUUUGGCCCAAAAGAAUGAGGGAAACUUGUUCUUCUCUCCAUUUAGCAUUAUGACAGCUUUAAGUAUGACAUAUGGAGGAGCAAAGGAAAAGACAGAAGAGGAAAUGCGAUCAGUACUGCACUUGACUCAGGAGAAUGAGGCUCUUCAUAAUGCUUUCCAAGAUGUGGUAUCAGAUAUCAAGACUGAAGCUGCUGACUAUGAAUUGCGGACAUCAAAUAUGGCCUAUGUGUCCAACAAACUCACUGUUAUGAGUGACUUCGCAAAUUUGUUGAAGGAGAAAUACCUCAGUUCAUCCAAGGUUGUUGACUUUGGUGAAAGUGAAGCAGUGCGCAAGGAAAUAAAUGAUGUUGUAGAGAAGGAAACUAAUUCAAAGAUCAAGGACCUGAUUGGUUCAGGCGUUCUAAACUUGACAAGAAUGGUAUUGGUCAAUGCCGUGUACUUCAAGGGACUGUGGGACAAUCAGUUUAAUGAGUCCGACACCCAUGACCAAGAGUUCUGGAUUUCUUCUGAGGAGAGCGUCCAAGUGCCAAUGAUGCACAUCAAGAAAAAGUUCCGCUACUUUAAUCACAGGGAACUUGAUUCCACAAUUUUAGCCAUGGACUAUAAGGGAUCAAGACUCAGCAUGGUAUUUGUCCUACCCAAUAAGCGUGAUGGAUUAGCUGAAGUUGAAGCUAAGCUGGCCAAUACAGAUUUGUAUGCCAUUGACAGCGGGCUCCAUUCGGUAGAAGUGGAAGUGUCUCUCCCCAGAUUUAAAUUAGAAGAAUCACUUGAGCUGGUGGAUUAUCUGCAAGCAUUGGGCAUGAAGGAUCUGUUUGAUGACGGCAGGUGCGACCUCUCAGGCAUUUCUGGCAACCGAGAUCUUUAUGUUUCCAAUGUGAUUCACAAAGCCUUCCUUGAAGUUAAUGAAAAGGGCAGUGAGGCAGCAGCAGCAACAGGUGUGGUGAUGAUGAUGCGUGCAAUGCCAAUGGCACCGCCUGAAUUCAUAGCAGACCACCCUUUCCUCUUCUACAUUAGAGAUCACCAGUCUGGACUUGUGCUGUUUGCUGGCCGGUUAUCUCAGCCCAGUGCUCCGAGUGUUAAGGAUGAACUCUGAGCUGUAGUUUUGUGAAAUCUGCAUUAAUUAUAGCUCGAGGCACAAUUCAAAGAGUUGAUGAAAUAUGUUCGUGCACAAUUCUUGUUGAAUGUUUGGCAUGGCAGGGCCUCUGUGUCUUGUGAAGCAUGGAAAUUAAAAAUAAUUUUUUGGUUGAUCGUUCUUCUAAGUUGUUCAAUGAUUUGAUUACCCAGGUUUUUCAGUGAUAUCCCAAUUGGUUUUCAUUAUUUUGUUUUAAUCAGGAAGAAUUAUGUUGAAAUUAGAGAAGACCUCUAUUUUCAUUCCGACAGGCAAUAGAUUAGCAACUAGAUAGUACUGGAAUACACUUUGGUUUCCUUGUCAUUCAGGAUUUCUUCUAAAAGGUGUACUUUCUGUUGUAUAUGAAUCAGUUAUUUGAUUGCCCAUUUUACUGGGAAACAAUUCAUAACUUCAACGUGAUUUUUCUGCAGGUCAUUCAUUAUUAAUAGUAUUAAGUUUUGUUAGGUUGUGAAAUGAAUAUGCAACGUUUAGCUUGUAAAUGUAAACAUAUUUAAAUGCAAAUGCCAAGUAUUUGGCUUCCCGAAAUAAAACAUUCACAUUAUUAUACACUUACUGUACUCUAAAUAAAUAUUUAUCUCGA